GCAUCGCGACUCAGCGGGAAACCAAAAUGGCGAGGCUGAAAGCAGAAAAAUAUUCGUUGGUAGUAAUUGGAACAGUUCCCGCUUAUUGACUUAAGACUCGUUUUUCUAAAUAAACUUAAAAGCGAAAGCUUGAUAAAGUGAGUUAGUUUAAUGUUUUCCCCCGUGUUUGCAUCAUUCUGAGCGCUGGAAGUGGCCGAAUGAGAGACUCAACGGUCGCAGACAGUCCGAGCUCCCAUCAGAGAUCUCCUUCCCGUUAUCGGCGCAAGUCCCCCGUGUCCUUGUCCAGACUCUCGCUCCAAAAUGGGCAGAGUGACACGGCCAAGCUCGCUGAUAAGUUCGAGGAGGGACAAGAUGUUCUAGCUCGCUGGUCCGAUGGGCUUUUUUAUUUGGGGAAAAUUACAAAGAUAAAUAAACAAAAGCAUCGCUGUUUUAUGGUUUUUGAGGAUCAGUCGAAGUCUUGGGUUCUUUGGAAGGACAUUCAGACAGGGGACAGUGGAGAGGAGAUGCUUUGCUCCAUAUGCCAGAAUGAAAGCUCUGAACCACCCAACGAAAUGGUCAUCUGUGACAAGUGCGGACAAGGGUACCAUCAGCUCUGCCAUGCCCCCGUCAUCGAUGCCAGUGUAAUCGCGUCUGAUGAUAAAUGGCUCUGCCGCCAGUGCGUGUUUGCCACAACAACAAAGAGGGGCGGUGCGUUGAAAAAAGGCCCGAAUGCCAAAGCGCUGCAGGAAAUGAAGCAGUCACUACCUUAUUCCCUGGAGGAGCUGGUGUGGGACCAGGGCCACAAAACCAACAUCCAGCAGUGCUACUGUUACUGCGGAGGACCCGGAGAGUGGUUUUUAAAGAUGCUCCAGUGUACCAGAUGUAAGCAGUGGUUCCAUGAAGCUUGCAUCCAGUGCCUGCAGAGUCCUAUGCUCAACGGAGACAGGUUUUAUCAGUUUAUUUGUUCAGUUUGCAGUAGCGGACCCGAGUACCUCAAACGACUUCCUUUGAGAUGGGUAGAUGUAGCACACCUGAGCCUCUACAACCUGAGUGUCAUCCAUAAGAAGAAAUACUUCGAUUCAGAACUGGAGCUGAUGGCUUUUAUCAGCGAGAACUGGGAGCGGCUUCAGCUGGGCGAGCUUGCUGACACGCCCAAAUCGGAGCGAUAUGAAAGAAUCCUGGAGGCGCUUAACAGCAACCCCAUCAUGUUCAUGAGCGGGAAGGAGAUCAAGAAAAAGAAGCACCUGUUCGGGUUACGGAUUCGCUUCCCCCCGGCGCCCCUGAGCUUGGAACCCCCGUCGGACAGGGAGCAGGAAAAGGCCUCACAUGAGAUUAAGAUCAAGGGCAGGAAGUCCAUGAAACCUCCGCAUCUAUCCGGCGUGAUCACUAAUGGAGUGGUGAAGAAAGGGAAGCGGAAGAAGCAUCGCACACAUUCUCUGGAGACUCUGGCGAAGCUAAGACGAUCAGAAGAGCUUUUGGCACAGAAUCAUGUGCAGUUACAGACGGUCGACGGCCACCCGCUGGAUGUGAUGAGUGCUAAAAGCAUCAAAGCUGAGAAGUCCGUGCCAUCGUCAAGUACCUCAGAUGUUGAAUCUGUAAGUGCCACCACAAUGAGCGAAACUACCUCAACCAGCAUAUCCAGCCUGAGCAGCUCUGGCCAAACUCUGGCGCCUCAGCCCCCGGUGAAGAGAGGUCGCGGACGGCCGAGGCGGGCCCUGCAGCCGCCCAACCCGGAGAUCCCGCAGCCUCCCCAGCUCGUUCAGCCCGAGCCCACGCCCCCGCUCCCGCACUUCCCCCCCACGUCCAUCACGCAAAGCCUGGACUCGAACACCCAGCUCAGCCUCCUCAGGAGCUCCAUCAGCAGCUACUUCGGUGCCGCCGGGCGCAUGGCGUGCGGGGAGAAGUACCGCGUCCUGGCACGCCGGGUCACGCAGGACGGCAAGGUGCAGUACCUGGUGGAGUGGGACGGAGUCACCGCGUCCUGAGCUCAGUCUGUAGCGUCUUCACACGCCACACAACGGUCGGGUCUGUUGAGGUAGAAGUAUUCAGUUUGUGAGGGUCGUGGGAGGGCGUGGCCCGGUGACCCCACAUGCACUGUGCCCUCCUGCGGUUUCACACAGGUAAAAGCAGGUUCGUUUCGGUGGAAUGUAAAGAGUCGGUGGUCGACUGUAUUAAAAACUGAGAGAUUAAAAUAUGCUUCUUUGCCGUUAUGUAAAGACUCGCCUUGUAGGUUGUAGAUGUCAAGGGUGCUGUGCAUCAGGAGCAAGACUAAACAGUUUGGCAGUUUGGAGCCCAUACUGUUUUCUACAUCCGUUAUUAAUUUCCACUUAAGAUUUAAAAGUGGGUCUUCUUGUCAUAAGUAACCACAGAAGGAAGUCCUGCCCAAACCGCUGACCUCAAACCCCAUACUACACCAUUGAGAAGAAUUGGAAUGUCAGUAGCUUUUUAAAUUUUGUGCAACAUGCAACUUUUAUACAACUAUAAACGACCCAUGUGCCUUAAACACCUAAACCCAAUUAUUGGGGGCCGGGGUCAGCAGACCUCUGGCCAUAAAGCUCAAAACAAUACAAUUUUCCCCUUUAUGUGUCUCAUACAUCAAAUUACUGUGCCUUGAUCCCUUGGUCUUCCAAGAACUUGACAAGCUUAUUUGUCCCAAUAAUACUUAAUUCCACUGUGCACACUAUGCAGCCCAGAACUGGUGAUUCCCCCAUCAGGCUCAGACGCAGCCACGUACCGGGCAGCUGUGCCACCCGAGUGCCCUCUAAUGAAAUAUUUUGAACUGAUAAAAUAACAAUAAGGUUGGUAUAGGGGUCUCUCCCAAGGUGCGAUGGUGAGGAUAAGAGGAUGUUUCGAAAUUUCAGUAGAAAAUAGAAAUAAUUUGCCACUUAAGACGUUCCAGCUCCAUGUGCAGGCACCCAAAAACAAUCUAAAACUGAUGCUGUAUGCUGCUGCAAACUACAAAACUUACUUUCUUACCUUUUCAGUCCAUUUCACGUUUUCUAAGGGGCUACGUAAGCGACAGGGCACUUUUUUUAUAUCGUACAGUUUCAUAAAGAGUCGCGUCCACUUCAUCUAUCCAGCGUCGUUGCAGCUUGCAGCUCGAGCCAGAUUUUGGAAACUCUCUGAUGGUUUAGUGCUCAUAAACGUGGACAGUUGUUUUGGAGACGCGACUCGUGUCUGAAGUUUGCUUUUUUUUGUUCUGUACAGGGUCUGUGAGGCUGACGUACGAAAAUAAGGUAAACGUAAGUGUUUGGUAUAAUUAAACAUUUACACAAUGGUUCGAGACAUUUGCCUUGUAGCUUCAGUGCAAAAAAAGCAAACUUUGAACACCAGACGUGUCUUGCUUGAAAGUUUUUCCAGCAUUAAUUUGUUUGUAGAACUGAUAAUCUGUGAGCAUUUUGUAUUAAUUAAGUUCUAAUUAUUAAGAUUUCCAGUGUUAAAUGUGUCUAUUCUUGUUCUAAAGACUGAAAACCUGUUGCUUUGAUCAUUUAACUUACACACAAUCCCUGAAAGCUGAAAACUGUAGGUUUUCUUUAAUCGCUGUUAUUUUUCAGUAAAAUAUGCACACUAUUAUUUGUUUAUGGCUCAGCGUUCUUGUUAAAACUCUGGUUUCCUUUUUUUACUCUAUUUAUGUGUCUUUUCCUUUCCUCCCAAUAUCUUUCCUGCAUCGCUGCAGACCCCUACCCUGACUGAGAAGGGCCGUACCGAACACACGCCCUCUCUCUGUCCACACAGGGAUCUCUCCAUUAUUUACCGUUUCGGUGCAGGCGCUUUGAUCAGCCAGCAGAUGCUGCAUUUGCUGUCGUAAUGAUUGAUUUUCCACUCGCCCUAAACUUUGGUUUUCUGUACUUAUUUCUUGAUUCUUAAUCUUAUGCAACUAAUUUACGAAAUUUUGUGUUUUCGUUGUCUUAUCCAUCUGAUACAGGAAACCAAAACAGCAAUAUUUUUGUUACGAAUUUCUCAGGCUUUUUGAGAAAUCUUGGUGCUAUUUAUGACUUUUCAUUAAAAGAAAAACAAUGUACACUAAAAAGGUGUCCAAGUAACCGGUCCCGAUUGGAUUAUUUAUACUUUGAUGUAAUAGCAGCUGAAAAAUUCAAACGUACCAGGAAUGUCUUAGUUGCAUUAAUCAGAUCUACUUGUGCCGAUAUUGAUCAUUUUUGUCACAAUGCUGUUUUUAUUGUAAUAAAUAUAUAAUAAAACAUAUAACAUAAAAAUCUGAUUUAAAUGAUUUCAGGUUUGCACGUGAUAAGUGUUAACUGGAACCCAAGAUGUUGCCAAACUGUAUGCAGUACUAACACUGUGUAUUUAAUAUACUUGUUCUAUCACAUGAUCAGUAUCGGCACGUGUCUUCUCCAGUUCUGUAGCAUUAAUUGUUUAAUUUCCCAGUUCAGUUCAGAAGUUUUUGAUUUUAUACAGAAUGUUCUGCAUUAAUGUUAUCCAGCCACUCGGUUCCGGAACUGAAAACUGUUUGUGCUCGGGUUUGGAUCUCAACACGGAUACCUCUUUUGUUUUAAUACGUUGUAUAUUAAGUAAAAUUAAUUGUAUGAAACCUUUCUGACUUGCUGUUUCAGUACUCAAAUUCAUACAGCUUUCUUUCUUUGACUUGUUCUUGUUUUUUUUCUGGCUUUGAGCAGGCUUCUGUAGCCAAAGAAUAAAUUUGUUAAAUCAG